UUUUUCUUCUUCAAUUUCACACUUGUAUUGCAUCAUAAAGGAAGAUUCGCCCUACAUUAAUAGUGGCUGGAUGUAACAACAUCUUCACUGACUUGCACGUAUGUAGACUUAUUCAACUCCUCAUCCAACCACGCAGUGCAAAACAAUGUAGCCUUGAGCUCUCUGGAAGGUGCAUCCCAGCAUCCAAAUGGCUAUGAGUUGUAUGACAAACAUUUUCCGUGAAGGGAAUUUAUCUCUUUUCUGCAUCAUUUCUCGUCGAAUAUAUAAUAUACUGUCGUUUGAAUAUAGGAAAACUAUUCGGUUCCCUCUCCUCGACAAUCAUUCAUAGCUCCUAAUACUCCCCGCGGAUUAUUACUGCAGUCGCUUCCCUCGAGUCAACCAUGAAUGCUCUACCAUUCCUACUUCGACAUCGCGGUAUUCUCCGUCUUCUAACGUUUGGCUCUUUCAUACCUGCUCUCCCUCUUGGGUUAGCCCAUGGCAUACUAUCUGACGAUGCAUUUCCAGCCGUUGGGCUAAUCCCCAUGCUGAUUUCGGCUGUCUCAGGGAUCUUUCUACAUCGUCAUGAAAAACAAAAACAAAAGGCUCUGCAGGAUGCUGAAGCCGCAGGACAGGACCCGGAGGAGGCAAGCCGAGGAUACAUAGCGGAGGGCGUACAUGAAAUCGACACGCUUCGUGGAAAAUUGACACAUCCAUUCACAGUUUUCGUGUUUGAUACGCUCAUGUCAGCUACUAUAAUGGCCAUUCUGGUGUAUACCUGGAGGGCCGGAAGUAGAUCUGUCAUUUUUAGUAUGCUAGCUGCAUAUGCAACUAUCCCUCUCAUGGUAGCCUUCAUCUCGCACGCCACUCUCGCCUUUUCCGAAUUAUAUCAUGGAUUUGCGGUUCACGGCUUUGCAAAAUGGGUUGCCUCAAAGGCUGUUGAUUCGCAUUGCCCAAAGUGUAGCCACCCCAUACAACCAGAGAUGCCAGAGGUUCCUUGGUUUAAGCUCUUCAAAGGUUGGGGCAAGCGUCCCGGAAGCGGCGUUACAGCUCCUCUUCUUACCGACGGAGCAAGUGAUGCAAGCGAAAUCUCUAAGAUCUUUUUUACUAGCAACGACGCUAUUGAUGUACGGUCAAAGAAGCUAGGUAAAACAGUCCCUCCAUUGGUAAUUGGAGAACCGAGUGAAACUACAGCUCUACUUCAUUGACAGAUCAUGAUGGACGCACUUCAUGUAUUAACAUCGCAUUGCCUAUAGCUUUCUCUUUGAAAAGAAAUACAAAUUCAAUAUAAAUAACGCAAGUCUCGC